ACGACACACACACACAGUUGUCUGGUAGCAGCUAGAUCCCAUAAAGCUAAAGGACCUAAAUGUGUCACAUGGUACAGGGAAGGGAGUGGGUGGAGAUAUUUGAUUCAGCAGCUUUGUUCCUUCUUGCCUGGUGUGUUUAUAGCGUGUUAUAGGUCAGUGUUACUCUCAUUGACAAGGUGAAUACCUGUUGUUCAGUGUCAUUAAGGAUCAAAACCAGUUAUUGGAGCAUUGGUGCUAAUUCACGUGUGACCAACAAGAAGACGACUGAGAAGAACCUCAGAGAUCUACUGUACAUGCUGACUGGGGAGGAACAAAUGGAGUUUGAUGAAGUUGCAGUUUAUUUCUCGGAGGAGGAGUGGGGCUGUUUAGCUGAAGAACAAAAAGAGCUUUAUAAGGAUGUGAUGAUGGAGAAUUACCAGACCCUCAGGUCUCUAGGAUAUGUUCAUAUGAAACCUUUACUUGUUACAAAGAUUGAGCAUAGAGAGGAGCCGUAUGUGAGCAGUUUUCCAAUUACCAAAGGUGAAUUCACAAACUGCAGUAAUUCUAUUGAUGGUCAGACUGCAAAUGCUUCUUUCAGUCUUUUUAAAAAUCAAAGUAGCCACAUGGGAAAUGUAUGUUCUGACUGUGGGAAAUGUUUUACUUGGAAAACAAAUCUUGUUGAUCAUCAAAAAAUGCAUACUGGAGAGAAAACAUUUUCAUGUUCUGAAUGUGGGAAGUGUUUUACUCAGAAAUCCUCUCUUAUUAAGCAUCACAAAACUCACACAGGAGAAAAAGCAUUUUCAUGUUCUAACUGUGGGAAAUGUUUUACUCAGAAAAAAAGUCUUAUUGAUCAUCAGAAAAUUCAUACAUUGGAGAAAGCAUUUUCAUGUUGA